AUGGGCCCGGGCAGCGACGUGGAGGAAAACUGUCGCCAUGGUGACACCCAAGAGGCACAAACGCUGAAUGGAAAGAAAGUGAAGUCAUGUGACAGCUGUUGCCGUGGUGACUGUUGCCUAGCAAGCGGAUGCUGGGCUUUUCCCUGGAGAAAGUCCCCUCAUGGGUCUAAGUCUAGGACUAGUUCUAGGUUGAAGUCUAAGACUAGGUCUAAGUCUACAUCUAAGUCUAGGCUCAAGUCUAAGUCUACAACUAAGUGUAAGUAUAUAUCUAAGUCUAAGUAUACGUUUAAGUCUACAACUAAGUCUAAGUCUACAUCUAAGUCUGGGUCUAAAUCUAAUCCUAAGCCUAGGUCUAAGUGUAAGGCUAAGUCAAAGUCUAAAACUAGGUCUAGGUCUAAGUGUAAGGCUAAGUCGAAGUCUAAAUCUAGGUCUAGGUCUGAGUCUAGGUGUAAGUCUAGGUCU